CCGCCCCUCGCCCCGGAAGUCCUUGCCUGGGCCUGAGGUUUCUGGGACCGUCGGUGAGCAGUACUUCCUUUUUCUCCGACAUCUUAGCGAAGCCGCAGUGGUCGCAGCGGCUCUCCAAGCUUCGCCAUGCCGCCCAAGGACGACAAGAAGAAGAAAGACGCCGGGAAGUCGGCUAAGAAAGACAAAGACCCAGUCAACAAGUCUGGGGGCAAGGCCAAAAAGAAGAAGUGGUCCAAAGGCAAAGUUCGGGACAAGCUCAACAACCUAGUCCUAUUUGACAAAGCUACGUACGACAAACUCUGUAAAGAAGUUCCCAACUAUAAGCUUAUUACCCCUGCUGUGGUCUCUGAGAGACUGAAGAUCCGCGGUUCCCUGGCCAGGGCAGCCCUUCAGGAGCUCCUUAGUAAAGGACUUAUCAAACUGGUUUCAAAGCACAGAGCUCAAGUGAUUUACACCAGAAAUACCAAGGGUGGAGAUGCCCCCGCUGCUGGUGAAGAUGCAUGAACAGGUUCAACUCAACUGACUGUACAUUUGGAAAAAUAAAAUUUAUUAAGUCAAA